AUGAUAAGGCUAGAAAAUUCAUGCAACAGUCGACGGAUAGCUCUAUCAAUAGGCUGGGAGAUCAUACCUUUAGAUCUAAUCCCUCUAGACUUCUUUCCUUAUCAGCACCUAAUAGUCGUUAUUAAACUCCGAAUUAUAAUUAAACCAGGGAACUUAGCCACAGGAGGCAAGCCCCCGCGACCCAUCAGUGGAGCAAGCCAAUAUGGACAUGCUUCAGGAAGGGCCCAAGCCGACCGCAUCAAAGAUACAGAGGAAGGAUCUAGCCGAAUGAACGAGGCUGUUCAUAACGCUGCCAGGUUGGAAGAGCGAUUACAGGCCUGUAAUAAGUACCAGAUGGAUGCCGUUCAAAGAACAUCAACAAACCCCCCACAGCAAAUAGUUGUCAAACCCUCUGAGGAGAGAAAGGGUAUCAUGCUAUAG